AUGGAAUCCACUAAUGUCACAGAAUUCUAUUAUAACCCACCUCAAUAUAAUUACACACCCACAUUUCAUGAUCAGUCCAUUAAUAGAAUCCCUAGUCCCUUGUAUCACCUUCAAAUUGGUCCUCCAAUUCAAGAACUCAAUUCACAAUCAACUUAUUUCAAUGGUAACAAUUCAACGUGUGAUGAAAUUGAUGAGCUAAUUAAUGAAAGGAAAAAGAGAAGAAUGAUAUCUAAUAGAGAGUCCGCAAGGCGUUCGCGCAUGCGCAAGCAAAAACACUUGAACGAACUAUGGGCACAGGUUAAUUGCCUGCGGAACGAGAAUCACCUACUCCUGAACAAACUUAAUCAUGUCUCAAAAGGCCAUGACCAAGCACUUGAAGAAAAUGCUCAACUCAAAGAAGAAACUGCUGGACUUCGUCAAAUGGUUACUAACAUGCAGCUCAUGAAUGGUCCUAAUUAUCCUUCUUUAAAAGAUCUUCAACUUGAUAAUGAUGAACCUUGUAGUGGUUCAUCUCAAAAUGAAUAGUAUAAA